CCAUUUUUUAGUUUUUUAACCUUCAAAGUCGCUUCUUUUUCGGCUUUAUGUGCAAAGUGUUACUGUAAUUAAACAAAAGUUGCUCUUCGCUUGCAAAAUCAAGGUAUCGCCAUGGAUAUACGUCCCAAUCACACAAUUUACAUCAACAACCUGAAUGAAAAGAUCAAAAAGGAUGAGCUGAAAAAAUCCUUGUAUGCAAUCUUCUCCCAAUUCGGCCAGAUUAUGGACAUUGUAGCACUGAAAACACUUAGAAUGCGCGGUCAAGCCUUUGUCAUAUUCAAGGAGAUCGCUAGCGCAACCAACGCCCUAAGAACAAUGCAAGGUUUCCCAUUUUACGAUAAACCAAUGAGGAUUGCAUACUCGAAGAUGGACAGUGAUCUGAUUGCUAAAAUGAAAGGAACGUUCAAAGAGCGCCCGAAGAAGAUUAAACCGCCGAAACCAGCGCCGGAAGAGAAACGUGAGAAAAAGAAGAAGAACGCUGCUAAUGCUGACUCUGGAAGCACGAACACAAAUACGGCUGAACAGCCACCGAAUCAAAUUUUGUUCUUAACCAACCUGCCCGAGGAGACGAACGAGAUGAUGUUGUCGAUGUUGUUCAAUCAAUUCCCCGGAUUCAAAGAAGUUCGUCUGGUACCGAAUCGUCACGACAUUGCAUUCGUCGAAUUUUCCACCGAACUACAGAGCAGUGCGGCUAAGGAAGCAUUGCAAGGAUUCAAAAUUACACCUACGCACGCGAUGAAGAUUACAUUUGCUAAGAAAUAGAAUGUAAAAUUUUACAAAAAUAAACCAUGCCAGAGCAUUGCACCAUACGCUUUUGUCAUGGUUGCUUUGUAUACUUUGGAUAAGAGUAAGAUUUCGCAUCUUUUCUUUUGUAAAUAGCAAUUAAGGAUUAUCGGCUGUGAAAUACAAAGAACCAAUUAUUGUUUGGA